UUCUGAAAGUGAAAACCGACCUGUUCCUUUAAACGACGCCGUUUUGCUAUUUCAUCAAAAGGGUUUCUGAAUUCAAACCCAAAAACUAGUCUCUCCCCUUUCACUCUCACACUGUCACGCAGAAACCACUAGCCUCCAUAGCGCCGCCGUUCAUCUCACCGUCGCCGCCUGGUUCGUUGUGGUCGUUCCCCAAUCCUCCUGGUUCGUUGUUCUCGAAGGUCCUCCCCUCGCUCGCCCAACACCAGUGUCUCCAGGUCCUGCUCCGCAUCUCUUCGCUCGUCGUCCGUCCAUCGUGUUCGUCGCCGGCUCGCCAGUGUUCGUUGCCAGCUUCCUGUCGUCCGUCGAUCUCCCUCAAAUCUCUGCUCCCUGCCCUCGCCGAAGAUUGAUAAGCUUCCGUUUCCGAAAACUCCUCCACCGUGAUGCCUUCAUCAUCGUCAAUAUCUCAGGACCUGUACCCUUUCAGCCUCAAGCUAUGGUGGCGAUACCUAAUUGCUCGUUCCGAAUCUCCCUUCAAGAACCCUCAAAGCCCUUCCAGGUUCCUACAAGCUCUGGCACGCUUACCUCCGCGAGCGCCUCGAUCUCGUUCGAAACCUCCCAAUACGACACUCUCAAGUCUCAACAACACUUUCGAGCGUGCUCUCGUCACUAUGCACAAGAUGCCUCGAAUCUGGAUCAUGUACCUCCAAACCCUAACCCACCAGAAGCUUCUAACAAGAACCAGGAGAACUUUCGAUCGAUGGUCUCUUUUCGUGAGUCAGAAGGGUGUGCCCAUAGAGACUUCUCUUCGGGUUUAUCGUAGGUACUUGAAGUAUGAUCCUUCUCAAGUUUUUGGUGAAUUCUUGCUUGUGGUUUUGAAUGAUGGCACGUUUUUCUCGAUUAAGGGGAAGACUAGGCAUAGAUUGUGGUUGGAGCUGUGUGAAUUGCUCACUAGGAUGCCAUAAUUAGGAAGUUCACUGAUGAGUUUGGCAGGUUGUGGACUUCGUUGGCCGAGUAUUAUAUUAGGAGGGGUUUGCACGAGAAGGCAAGGGAUGUCAACUGUUGUGACUGUUUGAGGAGAGCAUGCUUGCUUACAAGAUGGAGGAGAUGGGAAUGAGUGACGAGGAGGAAGAAGAUAAUGGUGAAGAAAACUGUUUUGGAGAUGGGGAAGAGGAGGAUGUUCGGUUUAAAGGGGAUGAUUUUGAGAUUGAACGACAAGAAUGACAUUGACUUGAGUGUUGCAAGAAAACUUCCAUUGCCGUCCUACUCAGCGCUAAAUCGGCGACGUUCGAAGAAGAAAGUUUUCAACGUCUUAUUGUGCAGAGUGUGAAGAAAGCGAUUGUUGUUACACACAAGUCGCAUUAAAAAUCUUCAACUUCAAUCAAUUUGUGUUGUCUGUCUUCAUUCAAGUGGAGAUGGUGGGGAUCAAGAGAGAUAGUGUGCAGACGAGGAAAGCUGCGAAAAAAAUUGGAAAGGGAAAGAAAGGCAAAGAAAGAUUCGAUGAAAUUGAUGAUGAAGAAACUCGUGUGGUACCAUGGCCUAAGCUUCUUAUAUCUCGUGGUCCAACCACAAUUGUCUCACGUCGCAUCUCUUGUCGCAUGGAAAAAUUAGAAAAUAAAAAGGCUUGUGUUAGAGAGGAAGGAUUAUCGGCUUUUAUUAAAAUCUUUCACGACGGAGAUCAAGAAGAAAAUGAAGAAGUUCUAGACAGUAUUUUGGAAAACUACUUCCUCACUUACUUGGACCAAAUGUUAAAUUGCCUUAAAAAAGGUUUGACUAAAGAGAAACAAUUGGCUUCUCAAGCUCUUGGGUUAUUGGCAAUAUAUGUUGUUGAGACUGAGAAUGCAGAUGAAAUAUACAGAUACACAACUUCUCUAGUUACUGAACUGCUUCGAGUUCCCAACAAGGUAUUUUAACAUAUAAUUUCAUAAUGUUU